GGCCCUUAUUCGUUGUACGUAUUUGUUUACAAUCUGAAACACGUGGUGAUAACGCAGUGAUGAUAUCAAUCAACUUGUCAUCUUGUUCAAAUUAAUUUUUCUUUUCUUUUAUAAAAUUUUAAUUGAAUUGUGAAUUCCAUGGAGAAUAAUUUGAUCGUGGAAUAAAUUUUAGGUAAGAUGGUGAUCUCCACGCAUGCUCGUCUUCACGUCUUGUUGCGUUUAAUACGCAUGUUCCACACAUAAGAAACAUUUUUGAUUCAGUAAUGUAUUUUUGGCCUUUAAAAAAAUGACCAAUUUGGAGUUUCGGAAUUCACAGCUAUAGCAUUUUCAAUGCAUGAAAAAGUAAAACUAUUCGUAUCUCAGGUGUUGAUCAGUUUGGGCUACUGAGGAAAGCCCUUCAGUUUUUCAAAAUGUUCUUGUUGUUCGCGAUUCUGAGCUGGAGUGCUCUUACUUCGGCCGAAAUUGAAGUUUCGGAAGUAAAUAUUACUAGAGGACAAGUAUUCGUUUAUGACCUAUCGAAACUCGUCAAAAAUGAAUUACAAGAAGGAUACCAUUUUACAUUAUCGGUCCCUGAUGGUCCGGAUUUACCAUCGUGGGUGUUUACAAAAACCGACUGCAAAUUGAGGAAAGCAUAUUUAUUUGGUGCUCCACCCAUUGAUUCGGUUAUUUCAAAGUUGGAAAUACGAAUCUGUAUAACUACUUUUCCUAAAUUUAAAACAAUUUCCACCAUUGUGAUAUUGAACAUCGUUGAACCCAGUGAUGAUAUAAUGUACGAAAUUCGUAUACGAAUAAGUAACUCAAACAUUAUGCAGAUGCUCGAAACGAAUCGAUCGAAAGAAUUAAUGGAAAUAUUUGAAAAUUAUUUCUGGGAGCAGACCAAAGGCAAAUUGUAUUUGACGUUUUUAGCAGCCUCUGAAGAUUUAGGCUUCAGAUUACCAACGAGUCCCAGUGAAACUGCAGGCGUUGUACUGCAUUUGGGAAGUGCUAGGAAUUUUUCUCAAUCUUUGAUAGAUUUACAGAAUGAAACCAUGCCUUUGUCGAAACACUGUCCCGAGGAUUUUUAUAAACGAGUAACCGUUGAACGAUUCUUUCGACCAAAGAAUUUCGUCGUUGAUUGGUGCUUCUUUAAACUGGUAGAUUACAACGAAUGUCAAUUGAUGUCUUUGAACGAAAGACAACCCAAAUGCAAUUUCGUACCUUAUAAUUUCACUAGUGAUUUACUCAGUAAUGAUAUUGAAAUAUUGACAGAGAAGGCAAAAUUACCUAGUUCGGAAAUGCUCGAGAUAUUCGUAGUUGUGGUGUUCAUCCCAUCGAUAUUGGUGACGAUUUCACUUCUAGCUUGGCUGGUUUCUUUCAUGUGUCUUCAUCACGGUAAAUUAUAUGAUCCCUAUUCUGAUGAUUAUUUUGACACUGUAUUUUAUAUUUGCGAGGAUUGCGGAAGCCUACCGAAAGAUGAAGAGUGUUCGUUCGAUGAAGAUUUUAAUAAAAUGGGGCCUUCGUACGAUUUAAUCUAGUCCUGCGUUCAUUAAUUUUCUGCGAGGAAAUUGAUAUUAGGUCUGGAUGUUGCAUUUAUUAUCGUUUUUGUAUGAAAAUUAAUUCCAAGUCAAGAAUAACAUAUUGUUUGAAUCUAGUCUUCGCUGUUUUCGGUUGUGUUUUCAAUUUUGACAAAUGCUGCCAAAAAAUACUCAUUUUUCAUUGUGUGAUCGAGUAAUCUUAGAUAUAUCUUUGUUUAUUAUAAAUAAAAUACCCCUUCUAAUUUUACAAAA